GAUCUAGGCCUGCAGGCAAGUGGAUUCAAAUUCUCUCGGCAAAGCCGUUAUCGAAAGGUGAAUUGUCAUGCUAUUCAUUUCAUCAGCUUUUUUUGUGAUCUUUCUUAUCAAAUGUACUAUUAGUAUAUUAAUAUUUAAAAUCUUUCAUUACGGUUUCCUUUUUAAGGUUAACCAAAAGAAAGGAAGUGCAACCAAAAGUGCACGUAAGAACAGAAGAUCAAGUUUUGCCCAAGGAAGAAAGAAACGAAAGUCUCUGCUCUUCUCAUCUGCUCCUGAAAAAUCUGGUAAGCGCUACUUAAUAUAUAAUAAUUAUUGUUCUUUUGUUAAAAGUUUUUUUCAUUUGUCAUAAUUUCCUUGGAAACUUUUCUAGAGUUGCUUAACUAGCACUUGGCUAAAAAUGUGUGAAAUACGUGUAGUCUUUGGGUCGAUGGAAAACACUGUGUAGCUGUGAAAGUCAAUGAAUUCAAAGUUUGUCCAUGUUGUGAGAGUUAAUGUAAUCUUUAUUUUGAUCAUUCAGCCUUAUUUAUGUUCUCUUGCUCAGAUAGCUAUACUGCCAAACAAAACCACAGUCCUUGUUUGUUGCCUGACACCUUUUAUGACAUAAUUUUCUUUUAUCACUAAACAAAACUGUUGAUGAUUAUCAUAUACACUCAUAAAAAAGGCUAUGACAAAUGAUGUAAAUCUUUUAAAUUGGGUCAUGUAAGGUCAUUUUGAAAAAUUAUCUAGGCAGGAGGUAUUUUUUUAUCAAUUUAAACUUUUAAUGAAAAAUGUAAUAUGAAAAUCUUGAGUCAUAAUAAACCACCACCAUGCCUGACUGGUUGAUGUCAUUGUUGCAUUUACACCUUUCAUUUGUUAAUUAUUUUGAUAUCCAAUGUCUAUGUACAGACCUCAGCAAUUCAUAAGAAACAAUUCCUGCUUUCUUAUCCCAGAGCUGUACAAAGAGAUUCCUAUAGAUUUGCCACCUGAGGCAAGAUUAAGAAAACUAUUUGAGGCUUGUCUCAAGGUAAGAAAAACAUUUCCUGUCAGUGACAUGUAUCAACUGAAGACUCUGAAAACUAAUCCCCAAAGCUGUCAAUGUUGCUUCUAUCCAGCAACAGCCCCUGACAUGUGUGACUACAAAUGGCUACUUUUAAAAAAUAGCCAUUAAAAAGGGUAACUCUAUGGUGAAUUUUUUUGUUAAAAUUGUUGAAAACUUAAGUUGCUGUUGCUGGCGCCCAUUUUUGUGUACUCUUUUGUGUCUCUAUUUUAAGUACUAUUAAAAAAGUAAUUAAUUUUUACAUUGAAGGGUUUAACCUUUUUUUCUUUAUAUUGUAUUAGGAUGCAGUAGAGAAACUGGAUAGUAAUUUGUCUGAAUGCAGUGUUGAUGGAAUUCCUAACUUUGCUGACGAAGGUAGAUAUAAUGCAGGAUCCUGGGACUCUUAACCCCUAACUGCAUUUAAAACACAAAUUUCUCAUGUUCUUGCUGAUUAAGUGUGGAUUCAGACUUUAUUCUCCUGUUACAAUAGGACCUUUAAUCUCAAUGCUAAUUACCUCUGUAGGACAAGAAUAGAAUACAGAUGGAGGAGGGGCAUCACUGUCAAAGUAUAUCGAGAGCAUUUGCUUUUUGAUGAGGUUUUUAGACGUCAAGAAGAUAUGGUUAUCCUGUAAGAAUGAUAUCUGGGCAUGUAGAAAAAAUGCUCUGACCGUUUAAGACAUACUUGUACAAGAUUAUUUUGGUCAUCUCCAGUAAUGUGUACUAUUGAUUGUAGCUUCAGCGCUCCCAGGCUACUUUCAAAACAUGCACGGUCAGCAUAAACAAAAUCUGCCUGUACUGUUGAAACGAAUUUACCGGUAAUGGCGUACCGUAAAAACUCGUGUAUAAGCCGCACUCUUGCAUAAGCCGCACCCCCAACUUUCAAGCAUGAUUUUGAAAAAAAACAAAAAACAAAAAUGCGCUUUUGUGAAAAAGGUGAUCGUUUGUUCGCGCAUCAAAAUGUUCACAAAUAAACUUGAGGAAAUUUAAUGUUGUGUAUUUGCAGUGACAUUUUAAAUAAGUUAAUCAACUCUGAAAAUACCUUUUAAAAGGUUCUCUUUAAUCAAUUUCCCCAUUUCCUGCGAAAGACAACAGUUCUCUUCAUUGCUAAAGCCCACAGUUGAAAUGAAAAUGGAACGAUGGAACGAAAAUAAAGCGCUGGAGAAUGCUACAAAACGAUUGCUUAGUAACCACGCGUUUAUUUGACGAGGGAAGUCUGGACACCAGAGAAGGACACAAGUAAACAAAUGCUGGACUUGUGAAGACUGUAUUUUACAAAACUGAAUAAUAUAUUUACAAGUAACAGGUACAGAUAUCUUGAUAUUAGAAAACGAAAUUCCUUGUUUAAGCAAAAAACUAUUUACAUUGUACAAUGUUUGAAAGUACGGCUCAUCAAUCUUUGUUCAAAGCGAAAUCUUGUACAACAAGGUUCGGUAUCAUUUUCACGAGAAAAGCAAAAACUAUUUACAUGAGCAUUAAUAUACUGUUAAAGUUCAUUCUAUCGACCAGUGUUCAAUGUUCAACAACUGAAGGUUUUCAGUUCAAUUUGUGACCCCUACAAACCAGUUUACUCCCUUUGAGAGCAAUGGUCUCGUGUAUAAGCCGCACCCGCGAUUUUUGACUCAAAAUUUCGGCAAAAAGGUGCGGCUUAUACACGAGUUUUUACGGUAAUUUUUUUUUUAAUUUUUGAAGCAAAGGAAGUUUUCACCCAUUUGCAAGCCCUGAUAUCAGAAAGUGAAAUAAUAGACGAGGCUUUGAAACCACCAAACAGUGAAGUAAGGUAAGUGGCAGUAACAUGUAUUGCUGUUGGUUGCUGUGUAACAUUGGUUCCAGGGGGCGGGGGGGAGAAGGGGUACCCCCUAUAAUGGCAUAUACAGGGAGGCUCCUCCCAAAAGGGGUACCUUUUUCAGGCUCCAGGAAAAUGAAAGGGUAGGAACUUCAAAAGUUGAAGUAUACGAAAGGGUAGGGAUAUGUCAUUUGGGUCUGUGAAAGGGCUCAAAAGGGCUAACAGAUGAAUUUUAUAGCUUUAUAAAGUCAAGAAAACGUUUUGUUUUGUGAUUGAUUCCUAUUUAAAAGACUGCAUUGACAGCAGUUAAAACGGAUGCAAACAAGGUGAAAGGGGUACCAUUUGUGAAUAGAAGGUAUACCAGGGUUCGCACAGUCUUGAAAAGUCCUUGAAUUUUAGGGGAAGUCCUUGAAAAGUCCUUGAAUUCCAUUUUUCCUUGAAAAGUCCUUAAAUUUCUGUGCAAGUCCUUGAAAAGAGCUUGAAUUUUCUUCAACUUUGAAUGCAGUAGCCUGGAAAGAAUUUUUUGAUGCUUUUUGGUUGUCCAAGACAGAAUAUAAAUCGUAGCUCAGUGAAUGUAAAGGUCAUUUACAUAAAGUGCUCCAUGUUUUAUGCAAUAAUUAACUAUCAGUUUAAGACAAGUGAACUGAAAAAUGUAGAGAAUUUGGUGAAGCAAACAGUUAAAGCCUUAAAGUCUUAUUAGAAUAUACUGGGAAUAUGCAUUUUUGUACAAUCUGUGAAAUUAUAUUCCUAGUAGGUUGUCCUUGAAAAUCUAAUGUGGUCCUUGAAAAGUCCUUGAAAAGUCCUUGAAAAAUGGUUGCAAUUUUUUGUAUGAACCCUGUAUACGAAAGGAGUACCUUACCUUUUUUAUGAAAAAUGGUAUAUAAAACGGUAAGGGGUUGGACCUCAAGCCAGAGCCUCCCCUUAUGAACAUUUGUUGAGUAACUCCCCCCCCCCCCCAGGCAUUGGUUUUCCUUUGUAAAUGUUUUUUUUGUCAUUGCCUUUUUUCUGAGUUUUCUUGUUGUGCCUACUUUUUCCUCCCACCAUAUACAUGCCCACAAAUUGACACGCACCAGAGAGACAUCUGAAAACAAGGCAGCUCCUGGAUAUUAGACUUACCUAGUUCAAGGAUUGUAUUGAAGCUCCGAAAAAGAAAGAAAAUUGCUGUUUUUUGUUUUUAUCCUCCAUACAACAUCCUAUUACAAAAUGUCAUGUUGUGGUCAAGAAAGUGUCAGCAAAUAAAUGUACCAAAUUUUGUAAUUUAUUCAUACGCAGUAGAGUUGUCGUUUUGAUCAUAAAAACUAUGGCUUGUUUGACUUUCCUGUUGUGUCAUUAUUGUCAUGGCUGACAGUAGCAGCAAAUUUUUAUCAUUGUUCUUUAAUAAUCAUUAGCACUUUGGAAAGAUGUAAACUAAAAUACUGGCAGAAUGAUAAUUUAGAUCUCAGUAUGUAUAUAACAAACACAUUAGCAUAUGGAAAGUGCUUUGUAUGGUAUUUAUGCACUCGUUGUUUUUGUAUCAGAAAUCUCACUUGUUCGAUUUCUGAUACUCUAGCAUCUCAUGUGUAAAUACUGUAUGCAUACACUUUCCGUGAAGAAUUUUAUGUCUGCUUUUUUUUGCACAUACAGGCAAAUUCCCAACCCCAAAAAUCAGGAACUGAAAGCAAAGCUAACAUCAUGUUUGGCUGUCACAGAAAGGUGUGUUGUGUGA